UGACGAGCGGGGGGCUCCCGGCGCCGGAGGCGGCGCGGCGGCAUCCCCAUCCUCCUUCUCCUCCCUAUCCCUCCGCCUCCUCCCUCCCUCCCUACCUUCCCCCGGGCGCCCUCUGCACUUUCUUCUCGAACCACUCUCGUAGACAAACUUUGAUGGGGAACCUCGCACCGCGCUGGAAAAAUGCCGGUUAUGAAGGGAUUACUGGCACCUCAGAACACCUUCCUCGACACCAUCGCCACCCGGUUUGACGGCACACAUAGUAACUUCAUCCUUGCAAAUGCUCAGGUGGCUAAAGGAUUCCCCAUUGUUUACUGCUCUGAUGGCUUCUGUGAGCUUGCUGGAUUUGCACGGACUGAAGUCAUGCAGAAGAGCUGCAGCUGCAAAUUUUUACUUGGUGCUGAAACAAAUGAGCAGAUGAUUCUUCAAAUUGAGAAAUCGUUGGAGGAAAAGAUAGAAUUUAAAGGAGAAAUCAUGUUCUACAAGAAGAAUGGGUCUUCAUUCUGGUGCUUACUGGAUAUUGUUCCUAUAAAGAAUGAAAAAGGAGAUGUAGUACUCUUUCUGGCCUCUUUCAAAGAUAUAACAGACACAAAAGUGAAGAUUGCUGCAGAAGACAAAAAGGAAGAAAAAUGGAAAGGAAGAGGAAGAGCAGGAUCACAUUUUGAGUCGGCACGUAGACGGAGUAGAGCUGUCCUUUAUCAUAUCUCUGGACAUCUACAAAGAAGAGAGAAGAACAAAUUAAAAAUUAAUAAUAAUGUUUUCGUAGAUAAACCAGCAUUUCCAGAAUACAAAGUUUCAGAUGCAAAAAAAUCCAAAUUCAUUUUGUUGCAUUUUAGCACUUUUAAAGCUGGCUGGGACUGGCUUAUUUUACUGGCAACGUUUUAUGUUGCUGUGACUGUACCUUACAAUGUUUCCUUUAUUGGCCAUGAUGAGCUGUCGACAACUCGAAGCACAACUGUCAGUGACAUUGCAGUGGAAAUUCUCUUUAUCAUUGAUAUUAUUUUAAAUUUCCGAACAACAUAUGUCAGCAAGUCUGGCCAAGUGAUAUUUGAAGCAAGAUCUAUUUGCAUCCACUAUGUGACUACAUGGUUUAUCAUUGAUUUAAUUGCUGCACUUCCUUUUGAUCUUCUUUAUGCUUUCAACGUCACUGUGAUUUUCACUUCAUCGACUUUCAGAUGUUGCCUCAACAGAACGGUUUCCCUUGUCCACCUUCUAAAAACAGUGCGGCUGCUGCGCCUCUUGCGUCUCCUUCAGAAGCUGGAUCGUUACUCCCAGCACAGCACAAUCGUUCUCACACUUCUCAUGUCCAUGUUUGCCUUGCUCGCUCACUGGAUGGCCUGCAUCUGGUAUGUCAUAGGGAAAAGGGAGAUGGAACAGAAUAACCCACUUACUUGGGACAUAGGUUGGCUUCAUGAGCUAGGAAAACGAAUUGAAUCUCCUUAUUAUGAGAAUAAUACGCUAGGAGGCCCAUCAAUCAGAAGUGCCUAUAUAGCUGCCCUGUAUUUCACUCUCAGCAGCCUCACCAGUGUUGGUUUUGGAAAUGUUUCAGCCAAUACUGAUGCUGAAAAGAUCUUCUCCAUUUGCACAAUGCUGAUUGGGGCUCUGAUGCAUGCCUUGGUGUUUGGCAAUGUGACUGCCAUCAUUCAGAGGAUGUACUCCAGAUGGUCCCUUUAUCACACAAGAACUAAGGAUUUGAAGGACUUUAUACGGGUCCAUCACCUGCCACAGCAGCUAAAGCAAAGGAUGCUUGAAUAUUUCCAAACCACGUGGUCUGUCAAUAAUGGAAUUGAUUCCAAUGAGCUUUUAAAAGACUUCCCAGAUGAGCUGCGUUCAGACAUCACCAUGCACUUGAACAAGGAGAUUUUGCAGCUCUCCCUUUUCGAGUGUGCCAGUCGUGGUUGCCUCAGGUCUCUGUCUCUGCACAUCAAAACCUCCUUCUGUGCUCCCGGGGAAUACCUCCUCCGGCAGGGAGAUGCCCUGCAAGCGAUCUACUUUGUGUGCUCAGGUUCCAUGGAAGUCCUGAAGGACAGCACCGUGCUGGCAAUUCUUGGUAAAGGAGAUUUAAUUGGAGCAAACCUAUCCAUUAGGGAUCAAGUUAUUAAAACAAAUGCAGAUGUUAAAGCUCUAACAUACUGUGACCUCCAAUGUAUUAUACUCAAAGGUCUCUUUGAAGUGCUCGACCUCUACCCAGAGUAUGCUCACAAGUUUGUUGAAGACAUACAGCAUGAUCUCACUUACAAUCUAAGAGAAGGCCAUGAAAGUGAUGUAAUAUCAAAAUUAUCCAAUAAGCCUACACUAUCCCAGACAGAGCUCAAGGGAAAUGGAAAUAUAAAGAAGAGACUCCCUUCAAUUGUGGAAGAUGAAGAUGAGGAAGAGGAGGGAGAAGAAGAAAGCAGCACCCUUUCACCAAUUGAUACACGAAGCACAAAUAGCUCUCAGCAGAAGAAGACUGCAAGCAAUAAAAGCCACCUAGGGAGAAACUUGAAGCAGUUGGCCUCAGGAACUGUGCCCUUUCAUUCCCCCAUCCGUGCUUGCAGUUCAAACCCCUCAAGAGCCAAACAUGAAACAGAGCUUCAUUACUACUCCAGAAGGAAGGAGAAAAACCUUAAAUUAUACCUGUCAGCACUGACCACCACUGGCCCACCAGAUCUGAGCCCAAGAAUUGUUGAUGGGAUUGAGGAUGGAAGCCAUAAUGAGGAAAGCCAAACCUUUGACUUCAGCUCUGAUCAGCUCAGGCAGGAAUCCAGGUUAUCUCCUACAUCUGGAGAGGCUGAAAUUGGUGCUGCUGUGCUCGUUAUCAAAGCAGAAGAGACCAAACAGCAGAUCAGCAGGCUUAAUAAUGAGAUGACAACUUUAAGUCAAGAAGUCUCACAAUUACGUAAGGAUAUGAAGAAUGUGAUGCACCUUCUGGAGAACCUGCUCACGUCCCAGAAGGCUCCAGGAUUCUGUGCUGUGCACAGCCUAUCUCGAAGUCCCACACUGGAUAGUCUGCAGUCUCGAGUGGCUUGGACUACACAUCAACCUUGCUCGCACAGGCAAGCUGGGAACUUCACUUGCACCAAAGCACAACUUUGUCGUGGAAACACAUUCUGUGACAUUUGGAAUACAGACCUGUCUUCUGUAGGCAGCAGUCCCCAAAGGACUGAACCCAACCCGCAAAAUUCUAUGGAUGGUGAAUUUUGUUAUACAACAGGCCUUCAAAAUUCCCCUUCCCAGUAUCAGGUAAUUCAGAAAGACAAUCUGCAAUUUUUAAGAUGCACCUCUCCCCAUUCAGACACUACCCUGACUCCUCUUCAGUCUAUUUCAGCAACCCUUUCUCCUUCAGUAUGCUCUUCAUCAGAGGCAUCAUUACACCUCGUGCUGCCCAGCAGAUCAGAGGAAGAGAGCUUUAGCCAAGGAGCAAUCAGCUCACUAAGCCUUGAGAACCUGCCAGGAUCAUGGGACCUGGAAGCAACAGCCAGAGUAACUUCUGCACAGACCCCAGAUUUCCCAAUAGACAUUGUGACAAGCACAAGGGAUCUUAAAGAUAAAGAUUGCCAAGCCAUAGAUGUAUGAGACACAGCAAAGUGGUACUCAAAGCAUGUUCCACAGCUGCCAGUUUUACGUUUAGAGAGUACUGCAUGACUGCUUUAUUUGAUCUCUGUUUUGGUGAUCAUGGAGAUUUACAAACAUGAAAAUUCAGACUUACAGAAAGUAAGAAAAGGUAAUAUUGGUUCAUAGUAUAGAAAAAACAAUAAAUUUCUAGAUUCUAGAAGCAUGUUGAAAAACAUUUUGAAUACAGAUAUAACUUACUUGUCUGUUUGACAGACUUUUGUGAUAGUCCAAAGACCCUGAGGGUCAGAGCAGCUGGAAGUCUAGCACAAAGAACUGUCAUGGGUGGCUUUUGUUCAUCGAAGCAAAGGUUUUCCCUGAGUGUCUGACCGUUGUUCCCAAACAAUAGCUAUGGCACUGUUUGCUUCAGGUGAUCGUGGGUCCUGCUGGUCUUUUUGUCAGUUCUGUGAAGGCAAAGGGACAAUAUUCGCUGCAUGUCAUCUAGACAAUCAACCAAAUAGAGCUGCUAGAGAGUGCUUAGUUGUUGCACGUUAUUUGUCAUGUAAAUGAAAUCUCUUAAUUUAUCUAAAACCACUAUUUUUAUAUACUUGGUAUGAACCAUGUACCUAAAAAUUAUUUAAAAUAUUUAUAAAGAGAAUAAGAGUUUGGUUUCAUUUUCGUAAAGGCUUGCAGUUUUAACAAGAAAUGCACUACCAUCGUAUUAGAUCAAAUACUAUUUAUUACUAAGAUAUUAUGUAGUUUACAAAUGGAUUCCCUUUUAUGUGCAUGCAAUUUGCAACGAAUGUACUCAUUCUGGUGGAAUACAAAUAAAUUAAGGUAUUAUUUUAUUUAAAAAAAUAAAAGAGCUGGAAUGUUGUAUCCUAUGAUAAGCUAUCACUACUUAAAAAGUGAGUUGUCAUACUGAUAUCAUUAAGUACUCUUGGUUUGUGUCUUAGUAUUGUGCUGUCAUUUGUAAGAACAAGUCAACAUUUUACAAUGCAUUCCUCUUUAGGGGUUUUAUAUCUGGAUAAGAAAAUUAAAAGGGAUGAAAACCAUUGAGCAAAUUGAGAAAUAUUAAAGGAGAAAAUUACAAUUAUUUAGUCUGAACCAAAGAAAUAAAAUUAGAAUAUUUAUUUAUUUAAUGAUUUCUUUGUUUCAUCUCUAAAAACCAGCUUUGAUUUUUAGUCAGAAUAAAGAAAAAAGAUACUAUAGGUUUGGCAAAUUAUUUAAUCCAGAAUCUGACUCAAUGCCCCCCCAAUUUUUUUUUCCAGUAUUUAAUGUACUAGAAACAUAUUGCUACAGUGCAACCAGAGCUACAGAUUUGCACUGGAAUUUUGAUUUAUAUACUUAAAGAUGUGCAGUGUACAUCAUAAGUAUAUAUUUUUAGCUAGCUUUCUAAAAAAAACCCAUGCUUGCAAGCCAAAAUAAGUGCCCUAAAAUGGAUAAGUAAACUAAGUUACAUUUAAUAAUUAAUGCAAACUGGUGGUUAUUAAACUGAAAUUUUUACAGAGCACAGAUUUAGGUUUAACUUCCUUAAGAGGUUGUUUUGGGUUUUUUUAUGAAAACUUCAAAGACUGAAAUUAUCGUUAACAUUUGGAUGUGUGCGGGAACACAAACCCCAGCUGAUACUCUGUGCCCAAAUUUUAUCCUUUCACAUCCAUUUUCCCACUGGUACAAAUUAGGGGUGAAGUGUCAUCUCUCAUUUUGGGCUGCCUGAAUUUUGCCAGUGUGUCUACACUCCAAUGUGAGUGUUUAUAUCCAGGGUUUCUUACUUUACCUCUAUUCCAGUUUUCACCUAGUUUAAAGUUAAAUAGAGAAGUGCUGAUUAAAUGAGGCAUAUCCCAGAAAUUUAAUAAUAAUAAUAAUAAUAAUAAUAAUAAUAAUAACAGAUAGUAGCAAAUACAGUAGCAAGUACAGGUCUAUGGUAUUUCUGCAAACAAUUCCGGUUCACCUUUAGCCAUCUGCUGGUACCCACCCCGCCUCAGCGCUGGGCAGGAGGCUGGGGGAGGGCUGCCUGCCCCCCACACCCAGGGCAGGGCCACACUGGCAGAGCCCCGCUGCACCUCAGCACCCUAUAGCCAUGGAGCACAGGUGCUGGUUCCUUGGGAUGCACAGGCACAUUGUGGCACAGCUGGCCACUAAUCCUGAUUCCUCAGCUCACCAUAUCACAGCUAUUGACUGAGAAUGCACAAACACACCAUGCCUAAUUCUCAAUGUCAUUUAACAAUUUCCAUUACACAUAUAAACUGGGAGAAGCAUUUGCUUUCUCAUUUUAGGACACAUAAACCAUUAUGUAUAUAAGUUAAAGUUUUGGCAUUGUUUUUAUUUUCCAGUAUAAACACUGGUGUCAUGAGAUUAAAACUGGAUGUUUUGUUCUGGA